UUUUUUGCAUGUGUGAGUGACCGGUUGCCAACUUUUGGCGCGACCAAGUCCGAGCUGUGAGGACUUCCAAGUGUCCGUGGGUCUCAGCCACACCUUCGCGCACUCACCGCUCCUACUGCAACUCUCCUCGGGAUCUCCGGGUCCCUUUUUCCUUCCGUGACGGGCUCCCCACACAAAGCAGGCACCAUUUCCGCUCCAGGGAGACCCACGCUGGCAGCGCAGCCCCUUCCCCGACUCAGCAUCGGGAGGAAGACCCUGGUGGCGGCUGCCGUGGGGGUUAUGCUGGUGCUGGUGCUGGUGGUUCUCAUCCCGGUGCUUGUCAGCUCUGUGAGUACGGAUGCCAGCCACUACGAGAUGCUGGGCACCUGUCGCAUGGUGUGCGACCCCUUCCUGAACAAGGGGACGCCGGCGAGCAGCACCAGCUCCACCGGGCUCCAGGGCGAGGCGGAGGCGCUGAGCGACAACAGCAACAUCCUUCCGCCGUCCACCCUACUGCAGGGCCCGCAGGGGAAACCCGGCAGGCCGGGGAAGCCGGGGCCACCUGGGCCGCCAGGAGAACCAGGACCGCCGGGCCCCGCCGGGCCUCCUGGAGACAGAGGGGAUCAGGGAAGGACUGGGAUUUUGGGUCUCGGAGGAAACGGAGCUAUCAGCACGGCCACCUACAGCACAGUACCCCGGGUGGCUUUUUACGCAGGGCUUAAGAACCCCCACGAAGGGUACGAGAUCCUCAAGUUUGACGACGUGGUCACCAACCUGGGCAACAACUACGACGGCAUUUCGGGCAAGUUCAUCUGCAGCAUCCCGGGCACGUACUUCUUCAUCUACCAUGUGCUGAUGAGAGGAGGGGAUGGCACCAGCAUGUGGGCAGACCUGUGCAAGAAUGGGCAGGUCCGUGCCAGCGCCAUCGCCCAAGACGCGGACCAGAACUACGACUACGCCUCCAACAGCGUCAUCCUCCACCUGGACGCAGGUGAUGAGGUUUAUAUCAAACUGGACGGAGGCAAAGCCCACGGAGGCAACAACAACAAGUACAGCACAUUCUCUGGCUUCAUCCUCUACGCUGACUGAGAACAGACAGACACACAGACGGACAGACAGAGACAGUCAGACGGACAGAAAGGGUUUGACAGGAGUGAUACAACGAGAAGGCAAGAGGGUGUGUGUGUGUGUGUGUGUGUGUGUUAACAGCUGGAAUCCUUUCUAGUUUUUUCUAAUUCUCUCCAUCAUCACGGACACCUCCGCUUCGUAUCCAUCAGCCAAGACACCCAGACUCUGCAGCCGAGUCUGGAUCCAAAUGUUCCUGAGGGCGCACAGAGAGGGGGCCGUUUGGUCAGGGAGCGUGGGCGGAGUGGGAUGGGUUAAGGAAGUGGGCUGUCUUUUUUCUGCAACAUAAUGCUGACAUGUCAGGAAACCCGCGCUUUCGGUGUCCCUACUCCUCAGCACCUUCAUCAUUGCACAGAAAUAUCAGCGAGAAAAAUAAGCGAAAAAAAAAAAAACCCUGCAAAUGUGGACGAUCUCGCCUCUUCUCUCCAGCGGUGGUCGCCACUCUCAGCUCAGUGGACUCGACUGACUGUAUCUUGUAGCGUUGUUCCGUGUAACUCUCCUUAGAUUGUGCUCUUAUUUUAUGGACAUGCAUAAUAACCCACACCAAUGAGAUUUACAGAAAAGAAAAAAAAAGAAAUAUAUUUGUCUUGUGUGAUGAUAUCCUGUUUGACAGAGAAUAAAUUUGUGAGACAUAACUUGUGCGCAACUCAGAGAUCUUUGAACUCGAGAAUAAAUGUAAGUCUCCAUCACUGACUAUUACAAGGGAAUUAUAUAGAAAAUAUAUACACAUAUAUAAUGUUUAUAUGGAGAAAAACACCAUAUCUUACACUGUAUCUUCUGAUAUAUCUAAAACUGAAGCCAAUCUCCCCAUAAAGUACCUCAUACAAAACAGCGUUGUGAAAGUCAUCUGUUAAAUGUCUAUGGUUUGAAUCACGCAGAUGCCAAUGAACCCAUGGGAAGAAACUGAUCUGA